UCCCUCUUGUUUUUGUUUACGUUUGCAAAGAGUGCUAGUGACAAGUGUAGAGUAGUAACGUAUGGUGUGAAGGAUAUGGAAACGAGUUCUCUUUGUCAAUUGACAGAUACUGACAUUUACAUGAGAUAGCUUCUUUGCCUUUGGCGAGCAUUUUCUACCGUUACAAUGCCUACGAGAAGGUCAAUGUGUUUGCUGACUUUUUGUCUUGUGACUCUUCCCUUUCUUAAUUUUGUAAAAUUGCAAGAUUACUUUAAAAUUUCUCCUCCAAACAAAGAUGGCUGGAUAAGUCCUGAUGUUGCCUUUGCUCCAACUCGUCCUAUGAAAUCAGAAAGAAAUGAUGUUUCCGUUGAAGACAUAGACGAGUGUCAUAAAAAUGUUGAUAACUGGGUUGAAAAAUAUUCUGAGUGUGAAAAAGCCCUCCAGACUCUAGAAUUCGAUAGGAGGGGAGAAAAAGGAGAGGCUAACCGAAAGGAAUUAUCUGUUUCUAAACCCUCUGAACAGUUCUUACAGGAAAAAAAUGGAGCCAAAGCAUAUUUGCAGAGAUUUAUCCAUCUGCUGUUAGAAGCUUCAAACUUAAAUAACAUAGAAGUGCAGCCUAAAAACUGGGCAAGAUUAGAAUUUUCGAUUCCGAGUGACCACUUACAUACUCUGCGGAGAUUUGCCAAUGAAGGAGAUGUGAAAUCAAUUCCUCUCCGCAAAUUGGAUGAAAUAUUGGGCUCUAUUCUUGUAAAGCCUCUAUUUUCUCUCCCUGAGUUAAAUUAUGGUGAUAUUUUUAAUAAGUUACCUGGCCUCCAUAUUGGAAGUUUUUUCAUCAGUAUAUCACUACCUUUUAUAGGGUUUCUAUCGGUCUUGUAUAUCACCAAAAAUAUUAGAAAGAGCCUCAUUUUGCUUAUUCUAUUUGCCUUUGUGACAUCUUUUUUCACCACUGCGUACCAAAUGUUUGAGGAAGCUCAAAUAAAGCAAUAUGAGGAAAUGAAAAAGUACCCCGACAUGCCUCAGGAUUGCAAAGGCAGCUUCUCAUGGACGGUAUGGUUUUCUGGACGGGGUGAAUGUUCCAAAUUUCUUAAGGCGCAUCACAUGGAUCCCCACUUGGGCAUUACUCCUUUUAAAGUUUUUGCUAAAAUAAUUGGUGAAACAAUGGCUGACACAAUGAAGUACUUUGGAUCUGGUACAUUUGCUUUCUUUGAAAGUUUUCAAGAUAUGAGCUUAAUAAAUCGUAUAUGGGUGUCUUCUUUGGCUUCUGUCCUGCUCUACGGGUGCAUUGUUUUACUUUCGCUUGUGAUAACUGGAGGAACAGGAAGACUUCCAUUUUUCAUGGGGUCAUUUAGCUUUCACAACCCAGCCCAGAGACAGCCAGCUUUGUCUCCUCACUUUGAGGCCCAUGCUUCAGUUCCACCCCAAAAUGCUGAAGCCUUGACAACUGGCAACAUUACGGUGAAUAUUACCAGCCAAAUGCCUGCAAACGUGAACGAAAUUCUGGCAUCAAUAUCUCGUGGUGUUAUUCCAAGCAAUCAACAUAAUCUUGCCUCUCCAAGCACUGCAGCUUUUCAAGACUUAUUGGGUGGUGGUGAUAAUGUGCAGAGUAACAUAUCACAUCAAAGCCAUUUAAAUAGGCCUCAUGCAAGUUUUGUCAGUAAGAAAACUCAAAAACAGUUUUCUCAACUCAGUUCGAAGUAUAAAUCAGGAAUCAAAUCUAGCAAAUUAAUUUUAAAGAGAGCAAGAAAUUUAUCCCUGUAAAUAUAUUCUUGUAAGGAAAUUUUAAAUGAAAGCCAGUGAAACGAGUGAAACAUACUAAAUGAUACAAAAAAUGUGAUAUAGUAUUAGUUCUGUUUUUUACAAUUUUGCCACUAAUAAAAAUAAGAUAAUCACAGCUGCUAAA